CCGUCAACCAACGCCCUUCAGCACGGAGACGACUUACUAACAGGAAACCAAAUCAUGGAUCUCGUACCUUUCAUUUACCAUGAGAAGCAGGACCGGGACGGGUCGAUGCUGUGUGCUCAACACUGUCUAAACAACCUUCUGCAACAAGGCCUUUAUUCGCCUGGCGAUUUAGCAGACUUGGCAGCGGACCUUGAUCAGCAGGAGAACGCCGAAUUGAGUACCGCUCAGCAGAGCAGGGAUAGCAACAACGCGGAUGGGACCGGGUUCUUCUCGCUCGCCGUCUUGGAGAACGCCUUGCGAGUGUUUGAUCUCGAGUUGGUUAGGUGGCGAAGUGAAGAGAUGAAGCCUUAUCACGACAAGCCCGAGGAACAAUCCGCCUUUAUCAUGAACCUCUCGCAACACUGGCUCCCUCUUCGCCGAUUCGCCGGCCGUUCCGACAGGUGGUACAACCUCAACUCUCUCCUCGUCUCUCCCGAAUGGCUCAGUAGCGAAUAUCUAAGCUUGGCCAUCAAUACUGCCGAGGAUGAAGGACAUUCGGUUUUUGUCGUACGGAGCAAGGACGCUCAAGAGCAGGAACAAGGGAUCUCGGCUCUGCCGGAGUGUCAAGCGGAUCUGAUGGGAUUGCAGUUAGGGUCGCCUUCCGCAGGCGGACAUGCCGGGUUUUCGGAUGACGUUGUCUCUACGUCCACUCAACGAUCUCAGGCUGAAUUUGAGAGGUUCCAGCGCGAACAGAUGCAAGCUUUCCAGGAACAACAAUACAACAGCGGCGGGUUGAGGAACCGUACUGGAGCUGGAGGGCCUCAAGAAGGGACGUAUGCCAGUGCUGCUCAAACCCAAACCCCGGCCACCUUGAACAGGUUCCAGCGAACCCGAAUGGAGGAAGAAGAAGAUCUGAGAAAGGCGAUCGAGGCUUCGUUGGCCGAAUCGGGAGCGGGGUCGACUUCCGGGGCGGAGGCGGAGAACCAAGGCACGUCGCUCGCAGCUUCCGGGUUGCGAUCGGAUGUGCGGACGAAUGAGACGGUUCCUCUUGUUGCUUCUGAUCAGCCGGUCGACGAGAUGUUGACGACGACGACGACGACGACAAGCCUUGAAGCGUCUGAGAGCAAGGGUUUCGUAGAUGGGCUGGUGUCGUCUGUAUUCGAGGUAUGUUCAGUCGGUUCUGGAUGAGGGAAAUGAUCUUGACACCGAGUCUCUUUUGCAUCGUUCAGCCCGGCGUCAACGUACCUCUUUUUCAAGCGAUGAAUGCAUCCUUCUUCUUCCUCAUACUGUCACUCCUCUUUCUCGGGUACAUGACAGACUGGAACAAGCACGUCUUGUUUUUGAUGCUCGUCAGUACCGGUCUGUGGAUGACAAUGAUUUGGUUUGUGCAAGAAAUCACUAGAGUACAGCAGUCCCAGCAGAAUACACCACCUAGUGCAGAGAUAACGACAGAACCAGAAAACGAGUCAGAUCAGUCGAAGAAAGAUUUGUAGUUGGCAACAUCUGGUUUACAUCCUAGACAUACAAAAUGGCAGCGAAGCUACAA